GGAAAAGGCGCUCGUCUCCCUAUCACGUGACCAGAAGCGGCGCUGCCUGUCCCACGGAAUGCAGCAGCGGCAGUAUGGCUUUACGGGCUUGUGGUCUGAUAAUAUUCCGGAGAUGCCAGGCUGGAGUCUCAGCUGCUGCCGGGGAUGGGAUCGAGUUCCUCCUCCUUCAGACUUCCUAUGGGGAGCACCACUGGACCCCCCCAAAAGGCCAUGUGGACCCUGGAGAGGAUGAUAUGAGCACAGCCCUGAGAGAGACUGAGGAAGAGGCCGGCUUGGACUCCAGCCACAUCAGCCUGGUGAAAGGGUUCUGCAAAGAAAUGAAUUACAAUGUCCGAAACAGGCCGAAAACGGUCAUCUACUGGCUGGCAGAGCUGAGGGACUACACCACUCCGGUGAGACUCUCCAAUGAGCACCAAGACUACCGCUGGCUCCCACUGGGAGAAGCCUGUAAAUACGCCGGGUACCAAGAUAUGAAGGACACCCUGAAUGAGGCACAUCAGUUCCUGCUAAACCAGAAAAAGGAACCCAGACAGCAGUAAAUGGCAGUGCCCAGUGUGAGAAUCAUGUUUACUUCCAACUGUCUGACUGCUCGUUGAUAACACACUGUCACUUGAUAGCGCCCAGCCCUUAGCUGUGACUCCAACUGACCCAAGCCGGCCAUGCACGUUCUGAUUUCAGGCUUCUUCCAAUGAAAGUUUGGAUAUCAAUUGUACGUUUAAAUGAAUGAUCUAAAACUAACAGUUAACUAAAACUAACUAAGUAUGUUGUGAACAUGAAAUAGUUGGCAGGCACCAAUUGUACGAAAAAUGCAUUGUAGGUCCCCCCCAAUGGUAUCGUCAGAUACACAAUACGCGUGCAGAUUUUAUCAUUAUCCGAUUGGAAUUUUCUAACCUGUCCUAUCGACUAAACGACCGUUUGCCGUGGUAAGAUGGCAGGACAAUAAUGUGUAGCCCACACACUGUCUAAAAGUCGUAGGAAGUGUAUCGGUGCGUGUAUUCCCAGCUUUAGAAUUGGGUCAGUUUCUUUUUGUCCACUAUAUAAUGAAAAACACUCUGAUGCAUCGCCAUCAGAGUGCUAGUAGUUGUCCAGAGUGCCAUACCCGUAUUCCUACUAAGAUGUAAUAACAUGGGGCUUUCAGAUAUAAUCAGAAAUGUAUCUUAGGUGUAAUAUUUUCUAUUUUUUAAAAAUACUUUUGUAAAUCCGCUCAUAACCUCAAUUGUACACCAUUUUAUCUGCCACUAAAUAAAUGUAAAUGGCUGGCAUAAUUCUGAAAAGUUUGUAUAGUCUUUGCACUGCUUGUUCUGACUACUUGAGCCAGUGUAUCAGACAUCAGAUAAUUCAUAUACCUAGAAGUGAACUGAUUUCUAAUACACUGAACAGAAAGGAAACCAGGGUAUUCUUUUUCAUUAACCAUUUUAUUGAGGUUUUAUGUGACAGAACAAACUACUGUACGACAUGCUUUUAAACAACAGUGAAAGAACAGAUAUGAUUUAAAUGGAGUCCAACUUAGAUCUUUAAAAACUGUGUAUUUCUAUAAAAAGUAGUAGCGGAACAUUAAAACUAGUACAGCAAGCAUGGGUGCUGUUUAUGGAGAGGGGGCAUUGAAUCAGCAAUGGGGGGAUGGUAAGAAAAUAGGGAACAGAGAAGAGGGGUGGUCUGGAAAAGCAUUGAAUAAGAGAGGUAUAGAGGAAAGAAGGGCAGGUUUAUUUACAAAGGCAGAGGUUUAUACAGAGAUUAUGCUAAGACCAAUGUUGAUAAAUAUUCAAGGAGUCCAUUUAAUGGUAAAUUUUGAAAAAAUGAGCCAGUGUCUGAAUGGAGGGUUCCUUAUACUCAUGGAUUUCAUUUAUUUUACAGAUCCAUUUCUUAGUUGUGUCUUGAGGUUUCUAGUGCAAUUGUAUUGGUAAUUGAGGUUCCACAGACUGAAGGAAGAAAAAGAGAGACCUGUUAAUGUGAGUCAGACAAAAAAUCAAGAUGUUCAAGAUGUAGGGAUUUUAGCGGAACUCACAAAAAUAUAUGCAACUUUGUAAUUUGGCCAUAUUGUCUUAAAGGAGAAGGAAAGGCUAAUAAAGAGUUAAUCUCAA